CCAUUUGCAUUUUUAGGUCGGCCUUUCGAUCCACAUCUUCUUGUAAAUAAUGUAGUCAGCAAUGUGAUCUUCACCAUCACCUAUGGAGAGCGUUUCGAGUAUGGUGAUGAGACAUUCAAGAAGCUGUUAACUUUGUUGGAGAACACUCUAUACGAAGAAGUUGGAUUCAUGCCUCAGGUAAUACAGAAGUGUAUUAAGUUCUGUAAGACACUGACUGACCUCUGCCACUUGAAAGCACUGUGUUUCCAUUGUUUUUCUUUUUGUAUCAUAUAAUACCUUUUCUCUUUCUGUAUGAUUCUGGCCUGCCAGCUUCUUCAUGUGGCACCCAUUUUGUUGCUCAUUCCUGGACUGCCACAGAAGAUCUUUCGAUGCCAAAAGGAAUACUUCACAGAAAAGCUCGUAGAGAAGCACAAGGAGACCUGGAACCCUGCUACUCGAGACUUCACUGAUGCAUUUUUAAAGGAAAUAGCAAAGGGUAAGGAGGCUGAAGAGAAUGGUUUCAAUAAAAGCAACCUUAGCCUGGUGACAUCAGAGUUGCUUGCAGCUGGUUUAGAGAGCACCUCCACCACCCUCCGAUGGGCAAUCCUGUUCAUGCUUUUGUACCCAGAAAUACAGAAUAAAGUCCACAAAGAGAUUGAUAAGGUGAUUGGAAGAAACCGACCACCCACCAUGGCAGACCAAGCGAACAUGCCUUACACCAAUGCCGUCAUCCACGAAGUACAACGCUGUGGGGACAUUGUUCCUAUGGGGCUACCUCACAUGACAUACCGAGACACAGAGCUUCAAGGUUUCUUCAUUCCCAAGGGGACGACAAUCAUCACCAACUUGACUUCCGUGCUGAAGGAUGAGACAGUCUGGAAGAAGCCAAAUGAGUUUUAUCCCGAACACUUCCUGAAUGAGAACGGGCAGUUUGUGAGACCAGAGGCCUUCCUGCCCUUCUCUGCAGGUAAGUCCAAGGGGAGGAUCUAGCCGCAAGUCUGGUGCAAGCAGGAGCGGUGAUGUGCGUCCUGGGAUGUGGACGUCCACGGGUUGUCCUUUUCCUCAUCUUUGCAGUUCAGCAGGUGCUAAGACCUGCAGGGACCCUUUCAACC